GUUGCGGGGUUGGUGGAGGCGGAAGCGUGAGGGGCCCGGAGGAGCCAUGGGGGUGAAGCUGGAGAUCCUGAGGAUGUUCCUGUACCUGUCCUUCCCCAUUGCCAUGUUCUGGGUCUCCAACCAGGCCGAGCUCUUCCAGCGUCACGUGAUCGAGCGCAAGAGGGAGCUUUUCCCGCCGGACACCCCGGAACGGCGCCAGGCCAUGGCUGAGCUGAAGCAGCGGCUGCGGGAGAGGAAGGGGACCCAGGCCUGAGGGGACAGCGGGGACACGGUGACACCGUGGGGACACUGCAGGGACACAAAGGGACAUGGCCACCAUGGGACCCAGGCCUGAAGGGACAGCGGGGACACGGUGACACCGUGGGGACACAGCAGUGUCACCAGGGACACGGCCACCGUGGGGACCCAGGCCUGAGGGGACAGCAGGGACACGGCGGUGACACCGUGGGGACACGGCAGUGACACCAGGGACACGGCCACCGUGGGACCCAGGCGUGAGGGGACAGAGGGACACACGGCCGUUGUGGCACACGGCAGUGACAGCAGUCGAUGGCAUCGCUGUGACCCUGUUGGUGGCAGGGGACAGUGGCAGUGUCCUGGUGCCAUCACCAUGGCAGCGUUGGUGACAGAGGGGACAGCGACAACAGCUGGUGGCACCGAUGGCAUUGCUGUGACAGCGUUGGUGACAGGGGAGAGCAGCCGGUGUCACACAGUGUGACAGCGUUGGUGACAGUGACAGCAGCCGGUGUCACACAGUGUGACCGUGUUGGUGACAAUGACAGCAACCAGUGUCACACCCUGUGGCUGUGUUGGUGACAGUGACAGCAGCCGGUGUCACACAGUGUGACCGUGUUGGUGACAGUGACAGCAGCCGGUGUCACUCGCCGUGGCUGUGUGUGACAGUGUUGGUGACAAAGGGGACAGUGACAGCAGCCGGUGUCAGUCACUGUGACAGUGUUGGUGACAAAGGGGACAGUGACAGCAGCUGGUGUCACUCACUUUGGCUGUGUGGGUGACAAAGGGGACAGUGACAGCAGCUGAUGGCAUCGAUGGCAUCACUGUGACAUCGUUGAUCGUAGAGGGGACAGUGACAAUGCCCGAUGGCGUCGCUGUGACCGUGUUGGUGGCAGGGGACAGUGGCAGUGUCCUGGUGCCAUCGCCGUGACUGCGUUGGGGUCAGGGGACAGUGACAGCACCCAAUGGCAUCACUGUGGCUGUGUUGGUGACACAGGGGACAGCGGUUGGUGUCACACGCUGUGACCACGUUGGUGACAGUGAAAGCAGCUGGUGUCACUGUGGUGUUGGUGACAGAAGGGACAACAGCCGGUGUCACGGGCUGUGAGUGUGUUGGUGACAGUGUGGGGGACAGAGGGGACAGUGACAGCAGCCAGUGUCACACGGUGUGACCGUGUUGGUGACAGUGACAGCAGCCAGUGUCACUCGCUGUGGCUGUGUUGGUGACAAAGGGGACAGUGCCAGCAGUCGGUGUCACCGUGAUGUUGGUGACAGAAGGGACAACAGCCGGUGUCACUCGCUGUGGCCGUGUUGGUGACAAAGGGGACAGUGACAACAGCCGGUGUCACUCGCUGUGGCCGUGUUGGUGACAAAGGGGGCAGUGACAACAGUCGUGUCACACACCGACUGUGUUGGGGACAGUGUUGGUGACAAAGGGGACAGUGACAGCAGCCGUGUCACACCCUGACUGUGUUGGGGACAGUGUUGGUGACAAAGGUGACAAUGCCAGCAUCUGCUGUCCCUUGAUGUGUCCAUGUUGGUGACAAAGGUGGCGCUGGCAGCACCCGCUGUCCCUCGCUGUGUCCGUGUUGGUGCCAGUGUUGGUGCCAGGUGACAAUGCCAGCGCCCGCUGUCCCUCGCUGUCCCCGCUGAUGCCCCCCGUGGCCGGGGCUGUGCCCGUGUGGGUGGCACAGGGGACGCAUGUCCUCCUCUCCUGAUGCCAACGCGGCCACGUGGCCACCCCGCGUCCCUGUGCUGCUGGGGACACGUGUGUGACACGUGUGACAAUGUGUGUGUAACGUGUGUGACAAUGUGUGUGUGACACGCGUGUGACACAUGUGACAAUGCGUGUGACACGUGUGACAAUGCGUGUGUGACACGUGUGACAAUGUGCGUGUGACACACGUGUGACACAUGUGACAAUGCGUGUGUGACACGUGUGACAAUGCGUGUGUGACACGUGUGACAAUGUGUGUGACACGUGUGUGACACAUGUGACAAUGCGUGUGUGACACGCGUGUGACACGUUUGGGGACACGUGCCACCCCCGGCUGUCCCCACCCCAAUAAACGGCGCUGGCUCUGCCCGCAGGGUGGCACCAGGGCGUCCCCAGGGUGGCACUGCCGUCCCUCAGUGUCCCCCCCUGUGCCCCUCGGUGUCCCCUGGUGCCACCCCCGCGGGCGUCCUGUGUCCCUCAAUGUCA